AUGCCUGAAGCAGAUCUUAUCAUUUUAAUGAGGCAUGGAGAGUCAGAAGCGAACGUAAAUCCUGAGAAAUAUGCAUCAGUUGGUGAUCCAAACAUACAACUUACCAAAGAAGGAGUCCAACAGGCAGUCCAAGCAACCGGCAUUCUUCGAAAAAUCAUCGGCAAACGACCAGUUUUUAGUUUCAGCUCACCGUAUGUGAGGACGAGGCAGACUGCUUCGAUAGUUCUGUCUGAGCUUUCAAAAUCAAAUGUCAAAGUUCUCUACAACCAUGAAGACCCUCGGAUCCGCGAGAGGGAAUUUAGUGGAAGCUUUCAACGGAAUGCACCAGAUCGCAGCGACGAAGACUCCUAUUCGAGAUUCUUUUGGAGGCCUCCAGGUGGAGAAUCAUGUGCAGAUGUCUACGAUAGAAUUUCCUUGUUCAUUGACUCUCUGUGGAGAGUUUUUCAAUGUCAACAUGACGUCGAGAAUGGAGUUGUUCUGAUUGUCAGUCACGGGUUAGCUGUCAGGCUCUUCGCCAUGCGAUGGUUGCACUGGUCUCCCGAAACAUUCAUGCUUAGCAAAAAUUUGCCAAACUGUGGGUUUAUCGUUUUGGAGAAGCAGAGACCGAUGGGUCAUGGAAGCGAUUAUUACAAACUGAGCGACGAUUCAGUGAGACUUCUUGGUAUUUCUUCUGUAGAAUCAGAGUCACAUCCGAGCACAUGGCCUUUGCCUUUGCAUAAUGACAGCGUAGAGAGUAGAACUUUUUGUUUUAAAAACACAUCCGGUCUGAGUUGUAUUGUCCGCAUAUCUCCUUUGACGUCACACUUUUUUUGCACAGCGAACAGUAGAUUUGGUUCUGCAAAAUGCAAUCUAGGCAGAUCUUAG